UUGACUUUUCUUUGGACGUGCAUGGUGAACUAAUCCACGUGCAUAAACUUGCACUCGCGAUUGCCUCUGAUUACUUCACCGCGAUGUUCGACGCUGAUAUGAAGGAGAGGAGGGAAGGCAUUGUUAAGCUGCAGGAUGUGGACGUAGUUGCUGUCAGGGCAAUGGUUGACUAUAUCUACAGCGGGAUCAUUACGCUUACAGAAGGUAACGUCGAAGCGAUAUUGUCUGCAUCGGACUUAUUUCAGAUCGUUUGGGUGAAAGAGGAAUGUAUCCAAUUUCUUGAAAGCAACUUGAACCGAAAUAAUUGUUUUGGAGUGCGGAAAUUAGCUGAUAUGCAUUCCUGCAAAAGGUUGCACGAUCUUAGCCAUAAAUAUAUUUUGGACCAUUUCGAUGACCUAAUUGCCGAGGAGGAUCUACUAUUGAUGUCAUUUGACGAG